GAUGGCAGGCGGCCGGGCAGCGCUUUCCCUUCCUCAGCCAAUUGCAUCUUCAAUCCGUAUCGGAGGAUCGCGGGGUGUGAGGCGUGGGAGAGCCCGGGCCGGUGCGGCAGGCGCUGGGGGAGAGCAGGCAGCAAGGGCGGGAGGAAGAGGAGGGAAAGGAGCGAGGAAGAGGCCUGGGGCGGGGAGCCCCCGCGGUCGGGCCGCGCUGGCCGGCCCAGCCGCUUAAAUGCAACCCCUGGGGCACCGGCUUCCGUCUGAUGAGACCGCUCCAGGGCUGCCGGGGACGGGGCAUCGUCGUGGGGACCGUGACCCUCUGCCUGGCGGCCGGGUGGGCUCUGCAGACUCCUGGAGGGGUAUCACUAGUUGUCCCACAGCCCAACAUCAACGCAACAGUGGCACAGAACAUCCUCCUCUCAGUUGAAUACUCUUGCAGAGGUGUUGCCACCAUUGAGUGGAAGCACGUGUCAACCUGGGGCACCACCAAAAUUGUUGAGUGGAAAAGUGGGAAUCAUGUCAACGUAUCCACAGCCUACAAGGACAGAGUGACGACUUUUGAAAACGGCUCUAUACAGCUCCUGAAUGUGGGCAUGAGAGAUGCUGGCUACUAUUUUAUCACUGUAACAGAGGAGCAUGGAACCAACACCUACGGCACCAUCAUCGUCAAUGUUUACGAGAUUAUCUAUGAAGAUUUACAUUUUGUAGCAGUUCUCUUUGCAUUUCUUGCUGCUGUAUCUGCCAUUUUGGUCUGCUUCAUGUGGCUGUGUAAUAAAUCUCUGCAUCUAUUUCAGAAGAAGAUGACACACAAACUAACAGCAAGUACAACUGAAGAGAUUGAAUUGGAAACCAUUGAGUGUUAGCCAAGGACUGUCUCAUAGCAAAAAUAACAAUUCUACCUCAGGAAAAAGCACUGGCAAAGAAAGGGAGAAGAAACCUUAAAGGUAACAUGCUUAUGGCUGUUGUAGAAACAUCCUGACUUGCAAACUCAUUAGACUUUAAACCAGCAGUGUCUGAUGGAGCUGUUUUGACCUGUUAGGUUUUCAGCUCUGCUAACCAAGGUCAAAGGAAGGAAGAGUAUGCUUUCAUGCUGAGCACGAACACAUUUUUGUGGCUCAUUAAUAAAAUCUGCAGCCUCUACCACUCUUAAAACCAACCAACUAAGCCUCCAAGAGCAACCCAGAAAGGAAAUGACCAUGCUCUUGAAAGACUCCUGUAUUUUGGCUACAGCAAGUCUCCUAUUACAGACAGAGCAGCCAUUAGCAUCGCUCAACAUAAUAAAUUUAAUGCCUAGUUACAGUAUCAUAUUAAAAACUUAAUUGCAAGGACUGAAUCCUGUUUAUUGCGCCUCUGCUGCUGGUUUGGGGCAUACGGAAUUUCCUGAAUGAACACAAACUCCAAUCCUUCAUGAGACAAAACUGCCUUUGAAACAACGCCGAGCUGGUCAAAGUUCCCCACUUCAGUGUUUGCACUGCUCCAGGAUAUUAACACACAUUUUAUGACAUGACUACAGGAGGUUGUUAAACAAGGAGCCACGCACAGGCACUGAGGAGUAUGCUGCCUAUAGGGAUUAGAGGGGUCGGAUGAAACAGUGACACAUCACAUGCAAGGGGUGGCAAAACACAAAACGGUUUCAUUGUGAAAGAUGUCCUUUGCAAACCUACUGUCAAAUACUCUAUCUGGGAAGAAAAAAUGAUACAGCAUUACUUAGAGAUUUGCUAUUUACAAAUAGAGUUCUGAAGUUGCUCUUGUUGAGAAGCCAACUUUGCUUUCCUACGUUGUAAGAAAACAUGAAGUGAUUGAACUAAUGUCUUCUUGAAUCUGCAUAUUGCACUUACAUUCUCCACCUGCAGAUCUGCUGGGUGGAAUAACGUUUGGUUUUGUGAGUGAGAAAGCACUGACCUGACCGAGCUCCAAAUCAUCCUGGUUUGCUUUUGUAAUGAGAAGAAUUUUGCAGUGUGAAAUAAACCUCAGAAACAUCAGAGACCACGGA